AUGAUCUCCUGCAGUCGCUCAUCGCCUCUGCAGCCAGGCCACGUUUUCCUGGCCAGGCUUUUCAAUUUCUUCUUUCUUUUCUCAAGAGUCACUGGUUACUUUUUUCCAUUCUCUUUUUUUCAUUUCUUGGCCUUAGUUUCUUUCUUCCAUUUUCCUUUAAUUCUUUUUUUUCUUUCUUUCUUUUCUCUUUUUCCUUUCCUCUUUUCCUUCUUCUUUCUUUUGAAUUUUUUAGCUAAAAAGUUAUCUUUUAAAUUCUCUUUUCAUUAUCUUCCUUCUUUUUCUUUCUUUCUUUUUCUUUCUUCCAUUUAUUUAAGGGCAAUCUGUUUCGAAGCAUCUUACAAAACAGAGGUUGAAUUUUCAAACUCGGUCUUUUUCAUUUCAUCUUUCUUUAUUCCCAUUUAUGGAAAACUUUCUCAUUCUAAGCCAGAACCUUUAAUUACUUUUCAUUCCAUUAAAUCAUCUUUUUCUUUCUUUUCUCAUUUUCCUGGAAUUCUUUUCAAUAAUCUUCUUUCUUACUUUUCUUUCUUUCUUUCUCUUUUUUCCUUCAAUUCUUUUCAUUUUCUUUUUUCUUUCUUUCUUUCUCUCUUUCUUCGAAUUCUUUUUUUUUCUUUCUUCUUUUCUCCAUUCUCUUUUUCUUUUCUUUCUUUUUCAUUUUCUUCUUUCUUUUUUUUUCUUUAUUUUUCUCUCUUUCUCUCUCUUUUUCUCCAUUUCCUUUCAUUCUUUCAUUCUCUUUUUUCUCUUUCUUUCUUUUUUUCUUUUUUCUUUUUUCUGUCUUUUCUUUUUCUUUUCCAUUUUUCAUUUUUUUCAUUUCUCUUUUCUUCUUUUUCCUUUUUCUUUCUUCCUUUAAUUCUUUUUCAUUUUCUUCUUUUCUUUUCUCCAUUUUCUUUUUUUCUUUUUCUUUCUCUUUUUUUUUUCUUUUUUUCUUUCUUUCUUUCUUCUUUUUUUCUUUUUCUUUUUCAUUUCUUCUUUCUUUUCUGUUUUCUUCUUUUCUUUUCUCUUUUUUUUCUUUUUCUUUUCUCUUUUUUUCCAUUUUGUCAUUUUUCAUUCUCUUUUCACCAUUUUUUUCAUUCUUUCUCUUUUUUUCUGUCGUUUUUCUUUCUCUUUCUUUUUUUUAUUCAUUUUUUUUUCAUUUCUUUCUUUUUUUUCUUUUCAUUUCUUUUUUUCUUUCUUUUUCCAUUUUCCUUUUUCUUUUCAUUUCUUUUUUCUUUGUGCAUUUUUUUCAUUUUUCAUUUUUUUUGUCGUUUUUUUGUUCUUUCUUUCUUCCAUUUUUCCUUUAAUUUUUUCAUUUCUUCUUUUUUCUCCAUUUCCUUUUUUCUUUUCUCUUUUUUCUGUCGUUUUUCCUUUCUUCUUUCUUUCUUUCUUCCAUUUUUCCUUUCAUUCUCUUUUUCUGUCAUUUUUUUUCAUUCUUUUUUUUUUCUUUUCAUUUUUUCUUUCUUUCUUUUUUCUUUCUUCCAUUUUUCAUUCUCUUUUUUUCAUUUCUUCUUUUUUCUCCAUUUUUUUUGUCGUUUUUUCGUUCUCUUUUUUUUCUUUCUUUUUUCAUUUUCCUUUUCUUCUUUUUUUUCUUCUUUCUUUUUCAUGUCAUUUUUCAUUCUCUUUUUUUUCUGUCGUUUUUUUCUUUCUUUUUCUUUUUCAUUUUUUUCAUUUUCUUUUUUCUGUCGUUUUUUCAUUCUCUUUUUCAUUCGUUUUUUCUUUCUUUUUUUCUUUCUCUUCUUUUUCCUUUCGUUUUUUCAUUUCUUCUUCUUUUCUCCAUUUUUCAUUCAUUCUUUUUCUGUCUUUUUCUUUUCAUUCUCUUUUUUCUUUCUUUCUUUUUUCAUUUUUCCUUUAAUGUCUUUUUUUUCUUUUCUCCAUUUUUUUCAUUUUUCAUUCUUUUGUUUCUUCCUUUUCUGUCUUUUUUCAUUCUUCUUUUUUUUAAUACUUUUUCAUUUCUUCAUUCUCCAUUUUUUUUUUUUCAUUCUCUUUUCAUUUUCUUUUUUCUUCAUUUUCUUUCUUUCUCCUUUUUUUCUGUCAUUUUUCAUUCUUCUUUCUUUUCUCAUUUUUCCUUUCUCUUUUUUUCAUUUCUCUUUUCAUUUCUUCUUUCUUUUUUUCUUUCUUUUUCAUUUUCCUUUUUUCUUUGUCAUUUUUCUUUCUUUUUCUGUCAUUUUCCUUUCAUUCUUUUUUUCUUUUCAUUUUUUCAUUCUUUCUUUUUUCUUUCUUUUUUCAUUCUCCUUCUUUCUUUCGUUUUUCAUUUCUCCAUUUUCUUUCAUUUUCAUUCUCUUUUCAUUUGUCGUUUUCUUUCUUUUUUUCAUUUUCCUUUCUUUUCAUUCUCCUUUUUCCAUUUUCCUUUUUUUUCAUUCUCUUUUUUUCUGUCUUUCUUUCUUCCUUUUUUCUGUCUUUUUCUUUAAUUCUUUUUUUUCUUCUUUCUUUUCAUUUUUCCUUUUUUUUUAUUCUCUUUUUCAUUCUCCUUUUUUCUUUCUUUUUUCCUUUAAUUCUUUUCUUUCUUUUUUCAUUCUUUUUCAUUUUUCCUUUUUCUUUCUUUUUUUUUUCUUUCUUCCAUUUUUCAUAUUUUUCAUUUCUUCUUUCUUUCUCCAUUUUCCUUUUCAUUUCUUUUUGCAUUUCUCUUUUUCAUUUCUUCCUUUUUUCUGUCUUUUUUCCAUUUUUCUUUUUCUGUCAUUUUCUUCUUUUCCUUUUUCCUGUCAUUUUUCAUUUCUUUUCCUUUUUUUUUUUCUCUUUAAUUCUUUUUUAAAUUUUCUUUUCAUUUUUUCUUUUCUUUUCUAUUUUUUCCUUUUUCUUUUUCAAUUUUUUCUUUCUUUUUCCUUUUCUUUUUGUUUUCAUUCUUUUCAUUUUCAGCCUUUCUUUACUUUCUUUCUUUCUUCUCCUUUCACAAUUCUUUUCGCCCAUUUCUUCUUUCUUUUCUCCAUUUUCCUUUCAUUCUUUUCAGAAUGCAUUUUCCUUUGGGCAAGCACUUUUUCUUUCUUUUAUCAUUUUCUUCUGACUGCCUUUUCUUUCUUGGAUUUUUUUUUCAGUUUUGAAUUUUUUCAUUUCUUCUUAUGUUUUAAUUUUUUUCAUAUUCUUUAA